AUGGCAGAACAAUCCACCACAGAUCCGACACGUACCUACAGAGGAAACUGUCACUGUAAAGCCAAUGUCUUUGAGGUUACGGUCCCCGAGAUCCAAGCCCUUGCUAGCUGCAACUGUAGCUCCUGCACCAAAAAGGGAAUGCUCUGGAUCUACCCUAAAUACGCCGACAUUGUCUGGGUAAAGGGAGACGAGGGUAGUCUCACCGACUAUACGUUUGGCAAGAAGGGUUUGCAUUACAAGUCUUGUCCAACCUGUGGCGUCACCUUGUAUGGCGUUGGGUAUUUCGAGCCUCCCAAACCGGGUGAAAAUAAGGAACCAAUCUGUGGAUUGAACGCAAGAACAAUUCAGGACCUCGACAUCUGGAGCCUCGAGUUGAAGAGCAUGAAUGGUGGUGCAUAUGGGGCUCCAUAUGAACCAGCCAAGUUCACUGGUACUAUUCCAGAAGCAGAAGUCGAAGGAUCUCGGGUCUACACUGGUGGUUGUCAUUGCGGCGCCGUGCGACUCGCCGUGCGAUCACGCCCGCUAGACGAGACCUAUGACGAUCGCGUCAUUGAGUGCAACUGCAGCAUUUGCGGCCGCCUAACCUUUCCCAAGUACGGCUCGAUCUGGAUCUACCCCCGCAAGGAACUCGUCUCGUACGAAGGCGAGGAGAACCUGACGUACUACAAGAUGGGCAGAGGCAUGUUCAACAAGGGCUUCUGUAAGCACUGUGCUACUCCCGUCGAGAAUAGGGUAUCCAAGCUCAGUGAUGAGCAAAGGGAGGCGCUCCCAGAAGGUGCUCGUGAAUGGUACGAUCGCGGACACACUCAACGUGCCACCAACUCCAGGAUGCUCGACGAUAUCAAUUUUAGCCAGCUCAAGAAGCAACGUAUCGACGGCUGGAACAACAUUCUACCCAAGUACGAGAAUCCCUAG